UUGGCUUGGCAGAGUAGAUGACUUCCCUUACUGAAUAGAAGAGGAAGCUUCUGCCCCUCUCCCUUCUUUUGAGUCUAUGCGCUUCUGCUUAGUUUGUCGUUUAGUCUGAAGUCUCAAUUGCGACAGAUGCCUCCGCGUGAACCGCUCCCACCUCCGCCCAAGAGGGAGCAAUAGAAAUUGGUAACUGCCCAUUGUGACUUUCUCUCGAUAUUCAAGAAAGGAUGGCAGAAGGAAUCCUUUCUAGUCUUGCAGCCAAAAUCUUACAGGAUUUGGGCUCUCUCCUUGUCUCAGAGAUUGAACUAGCAUCACGAGUGAAAAAGGAACUGAGGAAGCUCGAGGGCUCUUUAUCGGCAAUCAAUGCCAUAUUAUUGGACGCGGAGACGAAGGGUGCAAUGAAUCAUGCGGUCAAAGAUUGGUUGAGAAAACUUAAAGAUGUAGCUUACGAUGCUGAAGACGUGUUCGAUGAAUUUGCAACGGAACUAUUGCGACAGAAAGUGGAGCUUCCAAAGAGUAUGGUAGUAAAACAGGUACGCAGAUGGUUUUCAAGUUCAAAUCCACUUUUUCUUCGUGCGACAAUGGCUCAUAAAAUAAAGGAUAUUAUAGAUAUGUUGGAUCAUAUUCAAAAGGAUGGUGUGGUUGCUCAAUCUCAAUUUGCAAAUCACCGUGAAGAUACGAACAUCGGUGAUGAUUAUAGGGGGCAUACUGACCCUUUCGUUAUCAAAUCUGAGGUCUUGGGUAGAGAAAAGGAUAAAGAAGAUCUAGUACAAUUGUUAACUUCAGACAGUGGUGGCAUUAAUAAUGUGAUGGUCAUAUCCAUAAUUGGGAUUGGGGGUUUAGGGAAGACAACACUUGCUCAGUAUGUGUAUAAUGAUGAAAGGGUGGAGAGUCAUUUUGAGUUGAGAAUGUGGGUGUGUGUCUCCUUUGAUUUUAAUGUUGUGCACCUUGCAAAGAAAAUUCUAGAAUCCCUAACCAAUAAAAAAUGUGAUGACUUGGGGGAAAAUCAAGUAAAGUCAAAACUCCUGGAAAAACUCUCUGGAAAGAGAUAUCUUGUUGUCCUAGAUGAUGUCUGGAAUGAACAUUCUGGUAAAUGGGAGAACUUGAGAAAACUUUUAACUUGUGAGGCAAGCGGAAGCAUGAUAUUGGUAACCACACGUAGCGAAAAGGUUGCAUCAAUCAUGCAUCCAAUUAAAUCCGUUUACCCUUUGAAAGGACUAAAUGAAAAUGAUUGUGAAUCAUUAUUCAUUGAACGAGCAUUUGGGAAAGGAAAGGAGGAAGAGGAAAAUGAUCGUGAGCUAGUAGAGAUUGGACAGGUCAUAGUGAAAAAAUGUAGAGGAGUUCCUUUGGCUGCAAAGGCACUAGGAAGUUUGUUGUGCUUUAAUAGAAACAAAAAGGAUUGGUUGGAUGUCCUAAAUACCGAAAUUUGGACUCUAGGGGAACAAGAACAAGAAAUCUUACCUGCCUUAAGGAUAAGCUACAACCAGUUGCCAUCCCAUUUGAAGCAGUGCUUUGCCUAUUGUUCAAUGUUCCCACAAGAUCAUGAAAUAGAUGUUGAUGAUUUGAUCCAUCAAUGGAUGGCACAUGGGCUCAUCAAACCACCCCCACCACCUAUUGGAGGAAGUCACCGGAGGUCAUUAGAAGACAUUGGGUAUGGAUAUUUCAGGGAAUUAUUAUUGAGAUCAUUCUUUCAAGAGGUAAGAGAAGAUGAUAAGCUUGGCAACAUUGUGUCAUGCAAAAUGCAUGACCUGAUGCAUAGUCUUGCACGAUGGGUUGCAGGGAGGGAAUGGUCGGAGGUAUAUGUAGAAGAGUCCAGAGGAAAUAGUAGUAUUGGUGGUAGUAGUACAAUAUUAAUAUCUAUACCUGAGGGAGUCAGACAUAUGGUGUUUCAUGGAAAUGCGCAUGAUGUGAUAUCCAUUGACAACAAUGCCCAAAAGUUACGGACUCUUUGCUUGCAACGUGAUAGUUAUGGGUUGGGAUUUAGCAACAUUGGAUUCAUCUCAAGUUUCCGAUGCUUGCGCUUGUUAAAGUUAAGAGGUUUAGGAAUCAGAGAUGUACCGAGUUCCAUAGGUGACCUAAAACAAUUAAGGUACCUCGACCUCUCUCGCAAUGAUUUUGAAGCACUCCCUAAUUCUAUUUGUAGGUUAUAUAAUCUGCAAACAUUAAGACUUGAAGAUUGUAAGGAAUUUAAAGAGUGGCCCAGAGAUAUGAAAAAAAUGGUUAGCCUUAGACAUCUUGAGUUUGAUGCUAAUGGAUCUAUGUUCUACAUGCCACAUGGGUUGGGGCAGUUGGCUUCUCUUCAAACUUUGGGGUUUUUCAUUGUGGGUGAAAACCCAGACAACAGAAGUAAAAAAAUGGGUGGUGGGCUGGAGGAGUUGCAUGGCCUAAAGCAACUUGGGGGGAAAUUAGUCAUUUAUAGGCUUGGAAAUGUGAGAGAUAGCAGAGAUGCUGAGGAAGCAAAUUUGAAGGAGAAGUCGGAGCUUCAAUAUUUGAAUUUGAAUUGGAGGAAUGAUGUCGGCUCGAUUGGAUGUAGUAAUAGGGUACUAUUACAAGAAGAGGAAGAACAAGUGUUGGGGAAUCUCCAGCCGCACCCAAAUCUUAAGGCUUUGAUAAUUGAAUAUUACGGAGGCUUCAAGAUGCCACGUUGGAUGAUACACUCUUCUUCCUUGCUCCCAAAUCUAGUGGAACUUACCAUAUAUCGAUGUUCUAAUCUCAAAUGUUUGCCACUGAUUGGUGAAUGCCCUUGCCUUAAGCAUCUCACUCUAUAUUUGUUACAUGCCUUGGAGUCCAUAUGCAAUAAAGUGGUGGUGACAGUGAGAGGCAAUAAUAAUAAUAAGGGAGUACUAUUUCCAAUGCUAGAAAAACUUGUUCUCCGGUCUAUGUCAAAUCUGGAGAGGUGGACAAUCUCAGUUGUAAUAGAAGAGGAAGAGGAAGAGGAAGGAGAAGAAGCACAAAAUAAUAAUCAUUUGCAUUUGCUACCGUCGAUGUUUCCAUGUCUCACUGAAUUGGACUUGUCUUGGUGCCAUAAGCUAACAACAAUACCGAUGCUUGCAGUCGGGGGAAUACAACAUCUCACCUCUCUCCGAAAAUUGAAAAUCGAACGUCUUGAAAGGUUGGUGUCUCUGCCUGAUUGCCCGGCUCCUGCAACACUAGAUGAGCUGCACAUUGAAGACUGUCCAAGUUUGGUGACAUUGCCAGACUACUUCUUUGAGAAUCUCAAGUCACUUUCUAAGUUUGAAAUUUUAGCUUGUGGAGAGUUGACAUCUCUACCAGAAGGGAUUCAACACCUCAUUUCACUGAAAUGGCUAUAUAUUGACAAGUGUCCAGGUUUGACGACAUUACCUCAUGGCAUGGGAAACCUUGCAUUGCUUCAAGUGCUUGAGAUUCGAAAUUGCUCCAAUUUAUCAUCUCUACCAGAGGGGAUCCAGCAACUCACUGCAUUAGAAAUGCUGAGAAUUGAUAAUUGUCUGGGUCUAAAAACGUUACCACAGGGCUUGGGAAGUCUCUCAUCCCUCGAAAAGCUUGAGAUCUGGGAUUGCUCUAAUUUAUCGCUACUUCCAGAAGGGAUUCAAUGCCUUACUGCACUGAAAGUGUUGUCGAUUCGGGGGUGUAACGACCUCCAUACAUUGCCUGAAGGCUUGGGAAGCCUCACAUUGCUUAAAGAGCUUCACAUUGGUGAUUUCCCUAAUCUGUCGUCUCUACCAAAAGGGAUUCAACACCUCACUGCGCUAAGAACGCUAGGAAUUUUGAAUUGUCCAUGUCUAAAGACAUUACCGGAUGGCUUGGGAAGUCUCUCAUCACUUCAAAAGCUUGAGAUUCAGGAUUGCUCCACUUUAUCGUCUAUGCCAGAAGGGAUUCAGCACCUCACUUCACUAAAAAUGCUGGGAAUUUCGAAAUGUGGAGGUCUGAAGACAUUACCGGAUGGUUUGGGAAGUCUCUCAUCGCUUGAAGAGAUUGAGAUUCAGGAUUGCUACAAUUUAUUGUCCCUGCCGAAAGGGAUUCGGCACCUCACUGCACUGAAAUGGCUGUCUAUUUAUAACUGUCGAUCUUUGAGAGCAUUACCCGAUGGGCUUGGAAACCUCGCAUUGCGUGGUGGACUGAAAAUUUCAGGUUGUCCUUAUCUAUCUCUUCCUAUGGAGUUGAUGUCUUGUGAUAGAUUUGGAAUCCUCUUGGACAGAUUCUACUGACCCUUCAAGCCUACUGACCUCCUUCCUGGGUUCAAGCCUCUUUAUUUGAAGAUAAUAUCAAACGAAUGUGGAAAGAAAAUUACACUUCUUAUCUUCUUCAGGCUAGGUAACAAGGAAGCUUGUGGGUGUGUGGUCACAUGAUGUUUUUUCGUUGAUAAACCAUCUAGUUUUACAAGUGUGAAACGGAAGUGGAGAAACAAUAGGGAAAGAGCUAGGCAAGAAUGUAAUGACUGGUGCUGAGGGGAAGAACAAGGAAAAAGAGUGGCGCUAUGUGUGGGUUCAGCAACACCGGGCCUCUUAUCAAAGUUGAAUUUGGGAUUGCCGACCAAGCCCCCUUUUGCAUUGACUGGUGUGAUAUGACAUAUUGAGGAUCCAUGUCUUGUAUUUUAUUGAUUGGGUUGUGGAUCGCCCAUAUGCCUUUAUGUUUUUAAAAUUUGAAGCGAUGGAUGGUCAUUAGGGUUCAUUGGUAUUCUUUGUAAAUAGAGACACUAGAGGAAGAAAGCUUGUAACCCUUUCUCCAUUACUAGUGAAGCCGCUCUCAUCUCACUGUGGACGUAGCCACCUUGUCGAACCACCUAUAACUUUGCAUUGUGGUUAUUUGAUUGUUCUUUCUUUUGU